GUUUGGGAUUCUAUAUGACUUUAGUUAUUCGUUGUUUCCUCACAACUGAUUAUUGUCUGCCAUUGUGUGUUGAUUAAUGGGCAUUGCCUUGAAAACAUGACGAGAUCUGAAUAGAAGGCACAAGUUUGAUAAACACAAUUGUUAAAUCGAACAUGGAAGUGUCGAAUCCGACACUUAAGGUGACUGGAAGCAAGAACACGAGCUUAGUGGGUUCUGUAAAAUCACUCUAUGGAAGCGAUAAGGCAGGUGGCACUGGUACAUUGGGGAAUGGGGAAAAGGAAUACAUUGAUGACUUCUUAGCGGAGAAAGACAGAAACAGCAAGGCGAGUUACUUAGACGUGAAGCCCUCCAAGAAGGGUACAUCCAGCUCCACACGUUUUUCAAGAAGGUCGUUGACAGCUGGUCAGAAUCGGGAGAGAGAAGCUGACCUUGAUACUGUACUGGAUAUAUCAGAAAAGGCCUACCGUUAUGAUGACACGGGGAAGACGGCUUAUGAUAACGCCUGCAAAAGGUAUAACGUCGUCCCGGCAUCGGGCGUCCUGAAGGCUCUGCCGUUUGAAGAAGAAAUCGACAUCAAACAUUAUGGAAUGGGACCAAAGGGAGCAAGAGCAAUGGCAAUACCGCUGGUGAUUAAUAAUAACAUAACAACCUUAAACCUGAAGAACAACUGUCUAGAGGAGAGAGGGAUAGAGGAGAUAGGCAGGAUGAUGUGUGAGAAUACAACCAUCACUGAUCUAGAUAUAUCGGAGAAUAAUAUAAGAACAACAGGUGCCAACGUGAUCGCUUCAUUUCUGAAGUUUAACGUACAUCUUGCCCGGCUGAAUAUUUCCAACAAUGGGUUCGAAGAUAAGGAUGCCGAAAUAAUGGCCAGUGCCAUCGAGGAAAAUGCCAGAUUAAAAGUAUUGGAUUUAAGUCACAACAACUUUGCAGUACAGGGUGGGAUUACUUUCAAAUCUGUGAUAGCUGAAAAUGAUGUUCUUGAAGAGCUAGACUUGAGCUGGAACAACAUUAGAACUAAGGGGGCAGUUGCAAUAUGCAAGGGAGUCAAGGAAAAUAUAAGACUAAAGAGGCUCAACCUGGCAUGGAACGGAUUUGGUGAUGAUGGUGCUGAGGCUAUGGGGGUAGCUUUGACUAAGAAUGCCUCCCUUGUCGAGUUAGAUCUCUCGUGCAAUAGAAUCACUUGUGAAGGAUUUCUGCUACUUAUCCAAGAUUUUGCACAAAAUGAUUCACUUAAGGUUCUUAAGUUGGGCAAAAAUAUGAUUAGAGAUGAUUCUGCCACAACGGGUCUACAGCUGUUGAGACGUAUACCAAAUAUUGCAUUGACAACACUAGAUUUUUCGGACAUAAUAUUCUUCAGUGAUAAAUUUAAAAAAUGGCUCGAACGAAUCAACAAGAAACACAAAGAGCUCGAAGUGAUUCACGGCUACCAACACUCGUAUGGUAAACGCAAGCUCGUCACUUACGAUCCAGUGAGGGAAGCAAUGGAGUCCCUCCACAAAUACAUCAUUGAAAAGGGAUUGACUGUGGCCGAACUGUUCAGCACAUUCGAUGAAGAUGGCAGCAUGAGUGUGACGUAUGAAGAGUUUAAAGAGGGCCUGAAGAUGGCGCGCAUUCCUCUGACUGCUCUGCAGGUUGAGUAUUUGAUCAAAGAGUUGGACAAGGACGGUGAUGGAGAGAUCGACUUCAGUGAGCUGGUCGUUGGCGCAGAGACUCAUGUAUAUACAUAAAGUCGGGGAACCACCUCCAAUUGCAAUCGAUGAGGCACAUUUAGUUACGGUCGUUGCCACGAUGCCAAUAGCAGAUCAGUUGUGUUGAGCUGCACCACACUUUGAUGUAAUAGCUGAUCGAAUGGAUGGAGGCAACUGUAAAAUACGUAUAUCAAUAGAAUCCACUACGAGAUAUUUUCAUAACAAAUAUCACACUUUCAUUUGAAAGAAUCGUGAGCUUUUAAUUGUUGGAUGUGGUGUGUGGCAUACAUAAACAUCAUCAUAUUUUAGAUUCAUUAAAUAAGCUCUAACUUGGAGUAUUCACUUGACAUGUGUAUAAAAUAUAUUGUUCAAAAACGAAAUUAUGUCUGUUGAAUCGUUUUGACCCAAUGAGUGAAUCUGUUAAAGUGCUUUGUGUGGCAAUACGAUCGCAUCCCAUUUGCUUAUAACAAUCAUUGUAACUACAUUUUGGAUGAAGCAAAAAGAAUAAAAAAUUUCGUUUUAGCCAAAACAGUUAGGUUAAUGUAUGCGUUCCGAGUCUUAGUCAAGUUCAAUAGUAAAAGGUAAGACCAGGAAGAUCAUAUUCAACGAGGUGUAUCAGAUUAUUGACAGACAUUUGCAGACUUGCGAACAUACAUUUUUUCAUUUUCUCUUCUCUCAAUAUCAUCCUGAGUGUUGAAAACACGUUUCCUACAAGGAAUCCAGUGAAAUCACUUCGGUGACAAAUAUCAAUUUACACCAAAAUUGUUUCAGAUACGAGUAGAUUACUACAUAUUAU